UGUUUCUACUGUUAUAUAUUUGUUUUAUUUCAUCUUAUUUUCCUGCAAUAAACCCCGAGUCCAGCUCCGGCGAGAUCGUCCUUCAUCCGCUCGGCAGUCCGGUUCCGGCUAGACCCAAGCUACCGGCGAUCCUCUGUGAUACAUGUUACUUAAGGUGGUAUAACUUACUAAUUUUAGAGAUCACGGAGAAAAGAGCUUAUUUUAUGCAGGUCAUUAUAUAUUAAUUACUCUAUUAAUGACUUUCAACUGAAUCAAGCACACAAUGCAUUGUUAUAUAAAUAAAUCAAAGAACAUUUUUUUUUUGAUAACCAAAAAAAUGAUGCAAGAACUGUUUUAUUGUUGCCUAUGAUGAAAAAAGAAAUGAAACCUUUCAUCUGAUCAUAGAAGCUAUUGCCUCUGAUGAACAUACUGUUUUUUUUAAUAUAAUGGUGGUGCCUGUCAGUUUUCUCUUUCAUCGGAUACCUGUUAUCUCCCAGUACGUGAUACUGGGCAACUCUACCCAUGCUUUUUGGUCUCUGCUGAAUUGUUCUGGUCUUUGGCAGUAGACGAGCACUAGAUUCUGAAAGUUUCAGAUAAACAUAAAGCAAAAGAAUUGAAUGUAGAGUUAGUGUUUCUUCUUAACAAAUAUUGUUGCUUUAUUGGUUGUACGUAAAAGUAUUUUUUUCUUUUAUUUUUUGUGUCAGUCAUAUUGUCAGUUGUACUACAAACUAAUUUUUCUACCCAAAAAAGGGGAAGGAUAAGAGGAGAAGAGAGACUAUCUUUAAAAAUUGGUUGUUAUUCUUCGAUAAGACUUUGAGUUUAUACAUAGUUUCCCUAGCUUGUAGUCAAAUUCAUUUAUGCGUUUCAACUUCACGAGGAACCUUUUACAUACCAAAGCUUCAGAAAAGAAGAUGUUUAAUACAGAUUCAGAAACAAAGUUGUAAGCUCUCAUUCUACUUUCUAUUUCUUUCUUCUUGAAAAACAUGGAUUUGGCAGUGAACAAGGACAAAUCCUUUAGGAAAUCCAAAAACCCUCUUAACGAAAAAAGAGAAAGUUGAUAUGGAAUCUGCAUCAAAUUAAGUGGAUACCCAGAUUUUCACUGGUAACUAUAAAAAUAAACCUUUUCUUUAGGUUUCUGUUUCUCUAUGUGAUUGGAUCCUAUACAUUGACUAGUUCGUGAGUUGGUUUUACUAUGAGUUCAAGACUUCAAGUGGGCCUUUUUGUUUGAUUGGAUUAUGGUGCAUUCAUUAUGUAGAGAAGUUGAUCACUCCGUUAAUCAUCUUUAAUUAUUAAUUUGUUUUUAAUUACAAAUAUUUUGGAUAUUUGUGAUUAUUUAGCAAUUGAAGUAGGAAAAAUGAACGUUUAAAUUAAGACUACGUACACUUCAUUAUUUCGUAAUUUUAUAGUGUGAAGAUGCUAGAAGUGCAUGGUAGAGCUAGAUGGUUAUUCUAAAAUAAAGAAGAAACAUAAUCUGAUGUGAGGAGUAGAAAAUUUGCAUACUUUUGUACAGUUCUGCUAGAUUACAAACGGGUUUAGAAAGGCUUGAUUUCCUUGAUCAGCUAUUGACAGAAAGUACCCUAGAGGGUGUCAUGGGAUGAGAAAAACCGAGGUGAACUUGAAGAGGUUACUUGUAACUGCACCACAACAACAAAAUCAAGCAAAGCUUAUACAUUAUGUUGCCACUUUGAGGGAACUGCUGGAGCAGUUGGCUAAAGAGAGGAAUCCUGAUGGAUUACCAAGGAUUUCAAAAGCCAAGGUGAAUGAAUAUGCUGAGAACAUUGAAUAUGUUGCUGCCAAGUUAGCCGUGCCCACGGAGGAUUUGACUGAUGAAAUGGUCGUUUUGGCACGGCAGCUCAAAGAGAGCAGUCUCAUGAUGAAUCAAUCCAUCAAAAACACCAAGAAAAUACUUGAUUCAACUGAGAAAGCAGUUGAGCAUAGCCUGGCAAGUACAUGGCAUGCAACUUCCAGAGCAAUGGAUAUGUAUUCGCGGAGUUUCAAGACAACUUGCUACCAAUGGCUUUUGAUCUUUGUCAUGGUUGCAUUACUUAUUCGAGUGACUUUGCAGCCAACCCUUUGUGUAACUGAAGAUAUAAUAGAACUCUUGUCUUUUUCUAUCUUUGUAUAGUAUUUACUAGAAGAUAACUCAUUUGUAGGGACAUGUUUAGAGGAUAAAAAAUUCUAUAGAUACUGAAAGAGAAAUGUAGAACUUUUGCAUUACUUUCCUUUCCUUGGUCUGUUUUGGUAGCGGUUGGGAGGCCAAAAAUAUUUUUUUUAAAGAAAAAAAUACUCUUUUUUUUGUUCUCUGAGAAAUGAGGUAUAAAACUGUUUGUAAAUAGAAGCAGAAAUAGUUCUUAUGCGAAGUAAAAGAAUUAUUUUUUUGAA